AUGGAUCCGUUUUUGAUUCUGCUGCACUCUUUCUCCUCCAGCUUGUCUGACGGUGAGCUUUCUUCCAUGAAGUUUCUCUGCCGGGAGACAAUUGGGAAAGGGAAGCUUCAGUCUCUCCGGAAUGGCAUGGAGCUCUUCAGCAUCCUUCUCGAGCAGCACCUGAUUGCGAGGGACAAGGUGGCGUUUCUUCAAGGCUUGCUGAAGAGCAUUAAAAGAGAAGAUUUGGUCUCACAGCUACAGCAGUUCGUGGAGGAAGGAGAAGUAAACGCUCCUGAUGAUCAACCAGAUGUGCAUGAAAGACGUCUUCAGAAGGCAGCAAUUGAAGUCAUAUGUGAAAACGUUGGGAGAGACUGGAAAAUGGUGAUGCGAAAACUUGGCAUUUCUGAAGUGAAAAUGGACAGAGUAGUGGCAGCCAAUCCGUUUAACUUGCGUGAACAGUUGGCUCAGUCUCUUCGAGAGUGGCAGAAAUGGAAGGGAAAAGAUGCAAAAGUGACUGACUUAAUAAAAGCUCUUCGGGGCUGUAAUCUGAAUUUGGUGGCAGACAGAGUUGAACAGGAGCUCUCACUACUGAAUGCUGGAACCAGGUGA